UCUAUUGGUCAGUUCUCUUCCCAAUCACCUGGAGAAGUUGUUGAACUAGUUUUUGUUUCUCCCUCUAGCGACCAUAUUUCACUGACUCUGAUGUGUCCUGGCUGGAGGGUCAGUGCAGUGGAGAGGGCUACCGUGGAGUGGACAUUCUCCUCACCUCUGAUUGGCCCGGGGCAGUGGACAAGUUCACAGUGGCUCCUGUGAGACCUAGCUCCCAGUUAUUGUAGGAUGGACCAGUACCUUAAUAAUACCUUAUGCUCAUGCAGGACGGACUGGACCUGAGUGCAGUGGGGGCAAAGCCUCUGAGUAAACUGGCCAUGUGUCUCAAGCCACGCUACCAUUUUGCAGCUCUACACCAAACCUUCUAUGAGAGAAUACCGUACAGGAAUCACAAAAUCCUCCAAGGCAAGCCACAUCAUGUGACACGAUUCUUAGCUUUGGCUCAAGUGGGAAAUCCAGACAAGAAGAAAAGAUACCUGUAUGCAUUCUCUGUCACACCCAUGAGCUCCAUGGACGAGAAAGAGCUGACUCAGCAACCACCCACUGCCACCAACUGUCCCUACACUGAACUAGUCAAAUUUUUGAGGGAGUCUCAAGAGGAGGCUGGGCCUAACUUCUUCUUUGACAAGAGGGCUCUUGAUUUUGCUCAUCGCAAACAGAAGAGACAACAGGACGGAGGACCCCCUGCAAAGAGACGACCCCCUCCCCAGCCCAGGGGACCGUGCUGGUUCUGUCUGGGGGGCAAGGAGGUGGAGAAACAUCUCGUGGUCUCCAUCGGAGAUCAUACGUACCUGGCUUUAUCCAAGGGUGGGAUGGUACCAGAGCAUGUGCUGGUCCUACCCAUCGGUCACUAUGCAGCCUCCACUGACGCACCACCAGAGGUUUUGGAGGAGCUUGGAAAGUUUAAGAGUGCUCUGAGGAAGUACUUCAACAGCAAAGAUCAGUCGUGUGUCAUCUUCGAGAGAAACUACAAAUCACAGCAUCUUCAACUACAGGUUAUUCCAGUGACCAAGAUUCCAUCUGAUGCUCUGAGACAAGCCUUCAUAGAUUAUGGGUGGAGUAUGGGGGUGUGGCUUGAGACUGUGCCCAGGGAAACACCACCCUCAGAGGGAGUUGUUGGCUGAUCCUCUCGUUCUGAUUCUGCCCAAUUGGAUCAACUGGAAGUCGUGUGUGGCAACAAAGGACGAGGAGACGAAAGCUGCUCUAGAAAUGAGGAAGAACUUUGAACCAUAUUAUUUUGAUUUCACAUGAACUGACAACGAUGA